CCAAGCACUAAUCCCAGUAAAUAACCCCGCUGAACUAAUUUUGGCUGAGAUUAAAGCCAAAUGCGAACGAUUUAAGCGAGAAAGGGGAGAACAAUUAGCCACUCUCCAACAAGUAAAACAGCAACUUAACCGCAUUGAAAAACAAAUAGCCCAGAAAGAUCAAAAGGAGGGGCAAUGA